AUGUUUUGGGUGUUUCUGGGAUUACUAGGCUCCGCCAUCGCAGCGCAGAGUUCUUACGAUCUGGAAACUAGAGCGGUUUCAUUCCCCGGAAAGCCAAGCUUAGGACCGCUUUAUUCAUCCAGUUUAAACUCGGCCCAGGGAUUCCGUGAUAAUAGUUACGAAGACAAUGCGGUAACACCCACACCCUCACCGACGCCGAUCUACAGGAGUCAACAACCGUUAUAUCGCAAACCGACGGCGACGCCGAUAGACGCUCGUGAUUAUCCUCAAUCGACGGCCAUUCGUAUCGGUUCUCCAUCGCGAGCUCCUGCUCGAGGCCAAUACGGACCCAAUAACGGGCCUACGCAAGAGGAACUCGAGGAGGAGAAAGAAGAGCCUGAUCGUCUCAGCCUUCUUCUACCCCAGAGCAGAUUCGAUUGCGUCAACAAGCAAACCGGCUACUACGCUGACGAGGAUCUCAAUUGCGAGGUUUUCCAUUACUGCCAGGACAAUGCCAAGCACUCUUGGAUCUGUCCAGAGGGUUUCACCUUCCACCAAGUGCAUUUAAUCUGCAUGCCACCCAGCGGCGACAUCAGUUGUAAGAAGAGCUCACAAUAUCAUUUCGUCAAUGAGUAUCUAUACAAGCCAUUGAAUCUCCAAGAGGCUGAAAAUAAACCUAAUGUUACUCUGAGAUAUAGUGAAAGGUAUUACCCUGCUGAUAUUUACACCGAUGAGAGAGAGGUCGGUGACUAUCAGAUCACUCCUACAGUCGCUCCGACGCGUCGUCCUGCUCCACAGGCCUUUGUAAGUCCGCAACCUCAAAGUUUGAACAGCAUUCCCACGUCGGUUCGUCCACAGUCCACAGGAGCCCCGCAGUUCCGUCUCCCGGUGAAUCAGGUAUUCCACAGCCCCGAAGAAGUCAACAUCCCCCUUCAGCAUAGGCGACCGCAGCAGCAGCAACAACAUCAUGUUCUCAGACGAUAUCCUCAGAUCCAAUCCGACGCAGAGGACUACGAAUAAAUUCUUAUUGUUAGAAAUCUUUAGCUCUCUAUGAAUUCAACUCAUUCAUUCGAAUUGUUAAAUUCUUCACGAUUCUCUUAUUAAUUACCGAUACUCGAAACAUCUUUCGAAUUAUUUAAUAUUUUUCACAAUUCUUUUCUCGCGAAAUCGAUUAAAGAUCACAAAAUUCAAGAUUCUCUAGAAUUUUUGAAUUAUUGGCGAGCGUUGAGCGGGAAAACUGCGAUGCGGUAGCCAAUUAAUAUGUCGCUCUUAUGAAAAAGUUGUAAGUUUUAAGUUGAUUGGCUACCACGUCGCUUUUGCCGCGCGGCAUACGUUGUCAAGUGUAGAAGCCAUUAAGGCGCGAUUUUACUUUACGUUUGUCAACGUGUCGCAUGCGAUGAUUGGUUACCAGAUAGAAAAUUCUUAGAAUUUCUAUCGAAAUUCUUUAUUCGAUAGCCAAUCACCGCAUUCGAUAAUGGUUGCGUUCCGAUUUUCACUGCUAGUACUGAAAAUUUAUAGCUUACGUCAUGUACACUCUAAAUUCAGUAUGGUAGUAAAUAUCGGAACACGGCCAACGUCAGAGAUUUAUAACGAAAAAAAAGCGACAGAACUAGUUGCAAGAUAAGAAAAAUGCGUAAAUUUGAUUUAAAUUAAUUGUUGAAUUAAUAAUAAUACGAUAAUCAGUACUUCUUCUUAAUUAACUGCUAAUUAAAGCUAAUUUAAUUAUUGUAAAUAAUAAACGAUCAAUAAUAAUUAAACAGUAUGCUAAGUUUGUUUGUAUUCGUAGUAAUUGACUUUAAAAAUUGAUAAGCGAGAUGGCCAAUAAAAUGUUGCGUUAUUUUUAA